AUGAGUGAAUCUUUGCUGCCUGAAUCAGCAAGUCCCAAGAGUAUAGAGCUGCCUUCAGAUGUUAUUGAAGCAUUAUAUCGACGCUAUUCUCACUUGAAUGAUAACGUGAGCACUAGUAAUUAUACGUCCAUGUUUUCUAAAUUUCGAAGGGUACCAUUAAUCAAUAGACUAUUGCCUCGAAUGGAUGAGAAGACCGUGUAUCUAAACCAGCUUCUUCUUGAGCAGAAAACAGCCGUGACGUACAAUCAGUGGCAUUCUGUGUCGAUGAAAUUAGACGACUUGCUAGAUAACAAUUCUUGGAAGGAAGACCCUCAUUCAGACGCAUAUGACUCCAAUUUAAUCCAGACAAAUCUUAAUGAGAUGAAAAGUGCCAGAGAAGCGAAGGAUUUCAAACUACUUUUAUAUUUAAUUCGUACCAAAUGGAUAAGAAAUUUGGGAAACAUGGGAGACAUAAGUUUAUAUCGUCAUUCACAUUUUGGCACAAAAAAAUUAAUUGAAGAAUACAUCGAUGAAUGUAUCAGAUCGUUAGAUUAUUUAAUUUAUGAUAAAGAGGUGACUUUGGAUGACCAUUACUUACUAGGAAUGUUAAUUCAAACAAGAAAAAAUAUCGGCAGAACUGCAUUAGUGUUAUCGGGAGGUAGUACGUUUGGCGUCUUUCAUAUUGGUGUAUUAAUUACACUUUUAGAAGCAAAUUUACUUCCUAGGAUCAUCAGCGGUUCUUCUUCAGGAUCUAUCAUCGCCAGUAUUAUGUGCUGUCAUACUAAUGACGAAGUUGCAGGAUUGCUAGGAAUCAUUGCUGGGAGACGGUUCAAUAUUUUCGGAGAUGAAAGCAAGAAUCUAGACGAAAAAAAGGGGAAACUAAAGAGGGCUCUUGGAAACUUGAGCCAUUUCUUAAAAUAUGGGACAUUGUUCGACGUGAAUGGUUUGAAGCAAACUAUGAUUGAUUUCGUAGGGGAUUUAACUUUUAAGGAAGCAUACAAUAUGACGGGCAAAAUCUUAAAUAUUACUGUUUCACCGGCAUCUAUUCAUGAACAGAUUAGACUAAUAAACUACUUGACUGCACCCAACUGUCUCGUAUGGUCUGUCGUAUGUGCUAGUUGCUCUUUACCUGGCGUUUUUCCCUCGACAUCUAUAUAUGAAAAGGAUCCUAAAACUAACGAAAUACACGAAUGGAACAAUGAUACCUCAAUCAAAUACGUUGAUGGGUCAGUUGAUAAUGAUUUGCCGAUUAUGAGAUUACUGGAAAUGUUUAAUGUGGAUAACAUUAUUGCGGUUCAAGUUAAUCCCCAUGUUGUACCGAUCUUAAGAGCUUCUAUUAGUAAUAUAGGGGGUGAAGUGGAGAAUGAAUUGAGUAGUAAGUUCAAGUACUUAUUAAAUAACGUGUAUGACUUUUUGACGUGUGAGGUCAUUCAUUAUUUGCAAAUUUUAAAUGAGAUGGAUAUUUACAAGAAUUUCUCUAACAAGAUGAUUUCAAUUUUGUCACAGAGUUACUCUGGAAAUAUAACAAUCUUGCCAGAUGUCAAAAUAUCUGAUUUUAAAAAUAUUCUAGAGAACCCAACUCCUGAGUUCUUGGUAGAUUUCAUAAUUCGUGGAGAGAGAGCUUCGUGGCCAAAAAUCACUGUCAUAAGAAACCAUUGCGGUGUUGAAUUUGCCCUUGACAAGGCAAUUAGUUUGCUUAGAGGCAGAGUGAUUACAUCUAAGUCUAAAGAGACUAGAGUGUCUUCGCCACAUCAUCUCAAUGCCGAGAAUCAGAAUUUAUCAAAAAAUUCACAUUAUACGUUAGUAAAUUCCCCUGUGUUAAACCUUGAACAGGAAGCUCCUCUACCAAGAACUCCGGAACGGACAACAAAUCCAAGCUUAUUUGCUCCAAACUUCCAGCGUGUGAAUUCAGGGCCUAUUAAUUCAUUCAACAAACAGAAGAGAAAUUCGUUGAGUAGUCUGAAUCCUGCCACUAGACAAGGAAAAAAAGUACAUUUGAGAGGUCGCGGGAAGUCGACCACUUCCUUAGCAUCAAUGAAUGAUAGCUCAAUACAGAAACUACUUGCACUUUACCCUGAAACAAGAUUGAGAGAUGAGGAUGACCUGGGAUAUGAAAGUACAGACAAGCCAGUAAACCGCUCGAACACAAUAUCUGCUCAGAUGCUUCAAUCGAUGCUGCAGCCGAGUGGUAUCCGUAAAGCAAAGAGCUCAGGGAAUUUUCAAAAUAACGACGAAAAAAGUCCUGAUAGAGUGAAGUCUGGAUUGAAAUACCAAUCUGAACGUAUACCAUUUUACAAGAAUAAUCCAUACUUGGAAACAGACGGUAAGGAUAAAGCUCAGAUUCCCAAAGAAACAUUCAAUGAACAAGAAGCGAAGAGCCAUGCUAAUUUUCCAAGUAUUUCCCGUAGCAAUUCGAUGAAAUCUAACAGAAGCUCUCAUGUUGGGCUCAAUAGAUUGAAAGACGGAUCACUAUCCAAGUCUCAAAACGGUUCAGCUUAUAAUUUGAAAGAAUUUAAAGCAGAAUUUUUCAAAAGUCUUAAUUCACCUGAUAUUCGAAGACCAUUGAAAAAUAACCGCAGGGAAAGCUUCGGAAGUUUGAGUUUUAGCCCAAUUGAUAAAAUUGAGCCUGAAGAAGAUUCAGAAAUUAUUAAUUAUGAACCAUACGGUAAGACUAACAGCUCUAAUGACCGCGGAGUAAAUGCACUCAGUGAGACUUCAAACCAACAUAAUGUGUCAUACGAUGAUGAUGAAGCUGCCACUGAAGUCGAGGAUAACAUAGCAGCUGAAAAGAUUGCAUACAAGAAAUCGAAUGGGGAUCCAAACACCAAAGGAAAUGAGCAUGAAAAUGAUACUAAGCUGAAGCAGCAGUAA